AUGACAACUCGAUCAAUUGUCAACGCCGUGAAGAAUGAUGUGUUAUUUGGCUGUGUCGAGUGCGACAUCCACGUUCCUGAACACCUAAAAGACAAAUUCUCCGAGAUGUGUCCCAUCUUCAAGAAUACCGAAAUACGUCGAGAAGACAUCGGUGAGUUCAUGAAGAGCUAUGCCGAACAAAACAACAUCAUGCCCCGACCUCGGCGGAGUCUCAUUGGAAGUAUGAUCGGAAAGAAGAUAAUGUUGGCAACUCCUCUUCUAAAAUGGUAUUUAGAACAUGGUUUAGAGGUACGUUUUAAAUAUUAAAAAUUUGUAAAAUUGCAGGAGAAAAUGUUUAACAAAUUGUAUUAUCGUUUUAGGUAACACACGUCUACCAGAUAGUCGAGUAUACCCCUAAGCCAUGCUUCAAACCUUUCGGUGACGCUGUAUCCGAUGCUCGUCAUGCUGGUGAUGCAGACCCCUCCAAAGCCAUCAUCGCGGACACGAUGAAAUUGGUCGGGAAUAGGUGAGUUUUAAAAUCACGCUGUCAUGACGUAUUCAAGAAAUACUCAUUUUUUGUAUUUCUAUACAGCUCAUACAGGAAGACCAUCACCAACAAAGAGCGUCAUCGCAAGGUGGAUUACUGCAACGAUCAUGAGGUUUCUGAAUUAAUCAACUCACCAUUCUACCGCCAAAUGAACGUGAUCGACGAUGACACCUACGAAGUGGAAAGUGCUAAGAAGAAAAUAAAGUUGGACUUACCACUACAG